GGUAAGGCAUCGGCCGCAUCGGCGCAACUCGGCAGUCUUCGCAUCGACGCGCACGCGACGAGAUCGACGCAGACACCCAUCAUUUCGCGUGUGACAGGUGGCUGUAGCUGCAAUGGCACGCUAUUGUAAGAUGGCUGCGUCGAGUUGCUAAGCGAAAGUGUACUGUUGUGCGACGAUAUUGAAUGAGAACAUUUCGAAACACUCUUGAAACAAUUCGCGGCGAAAAUCUAUUGUAUAAAUCGAAAGGCGUGGGAAUUAAGCAGACAAUAACGUUUCAACACUCUUACCAACAGCCUGAUAUAACCUUAUUGUUUGGUCGGUUCUGUUUUCAAAAUAACAACAUCGAAGAUGUUGAUAUUUCUGAGCACUGUGUUCAGUGGUACUGGAGUGAUGUAAAACCAAUUUCAUUCAUGAAUCUGGAUUUUAACUAACAAGUGAUAUGUGCUAUUACAAAACUACCUGUUAAGGUACAGUGAACUCUGUUGUUUAUGUGAUUUACCUUUGAGAUGAACUGGGUACCGGAGGACUUACACUGAAGUUCCGUAUGGAAUACGGGAUGUUUUCUAGUACCCCAGCAAAAAUGCACAUGGAUACAACACUGCAUAUGCUCUGAACCAUCUAGAAUUAUAACUGAACUGAAAGUUUGAACAUAAUCUUCAUGGACUUGGAAGGAAUGUGAUAGUGAUUGUGAUCUCUUAAUAGUACGGAAGGACUACUUAUAAGCUUAUAAGAUCUCAAUAUUUCAUUUUAGGUUCUACCAUCUGUAAUCAGAUUGAAAAUUGAAAUUAGUCAAAAAUGCAUAGCCCCAUACAGUUGAGAACUAUUUGAGUGAAUUAAUCGGUUGUGAUUGUAUGUUGACUGAAUAGUUCAAAUUUUGACUUAACGGGAGAUGUGAAUUUGGUCUGACUGACUGACACACUGGAUCGAGUGGGCUCUGGUUUAGGGGGUUGUCUAGACGGUGGUGGGCCAGUACCCCCCGUCGUUCCCCAGCCCCCAGGACUGUCUCCUUUGCAUCAAGAAGUAAUAACACCUAAAAGGCAGGCUGUAGUUGACAGACUACGGAGACGCAUCGAAUCCUAUAGGCGCCGUCAGACCGACUGCAUGCCCCGGUUCGACCAGUCCUUCUCGGGGCUGUGCGAGCAGAACCUGCAGGACACCCUGCAGCUGAAGCAGCGCUACCUGGACGCUAAGACGAAGAGGCCGCCGAAGUCUAAGGACAAGAAGCAGCCGGAUCAGAGUGGAAACCAGCAACAACCGGCCUCCAUACAGAGCAGCGUGCACGUGCAGAAGUUCCUGAAGCGACCAGCUGAGGACCUGGAUCCCACCGGGGGGCCGCAGGUUGAUUCUUUCGAGCCUCCUGUGAAACUACAGUGCAAAACACAGCAUGGGAAUCAAAAUGAAGGUAUCACCAAGUUCUCCUUGGAAAUCGUGCAACAGUUGGAGUUCACGACCUCUGCGGCCAGCUCCAAUCCCCAAAUAUCUGCCAAUGUCACCGUCAAGGCCCAUACCAACACGUCUGUCAAGACUGACGUGUCGUCCCCGAAUCCCUCCAACCCUUCCACACCGACCAACCUCCAGACCCAGCAGCAGCAUCAGCAGCAGGCUAAGCAGAACAUUGGACUGGACGUUGGGACACUCGUUGAAUGCGUUAAGCAGGAACCAGACAACGAUUUCGCUGACCUGGACCAGUGUGCAGCGGCGUUGGAAAAGGACGCCGCCGCCAACGGUGGCGCAGCCUUCGGCAACUUCUCCGACCUCAUGGGAGACGAUUCACACGACGAGAUAAUCACGUCGGACGCCUUCAACGACCUCAUCUCCGACAUCAGCAACUUCCCCGAGCUGAUGAAAGACUUCGAUUUCGAGGACAACAAGCCGGACGCGAGCGCCAGUGCAAACGGACUCAAAGUGGAAGACGUUAAGGACGCUCAACAGCAACAGUCCGCGGAUACCGCCAAAAACUCGCCCCUUGUUCAAAACCAAAAUUACUCCCCCGCGGUGUUCGACGGCCAAAAUAUGGGCCAGACGAAGGCCAACAACCCCCGCAUGGUGUACCCUAACCUAGAUUUCGCGAAGACAGAACUGAGCCCCGCGGCUCAGACGUUGAAGCAGAUGGCGGAGCAACACCAGCACAAGAACCAAAUGGGACUGGCGUACAAUCCUAACGGAAGGGUGCCUAACGCGAGGUCGCCCUACUCAGACUUCCAGUACAAUUCCGACUACGGCAGUCCUACGAAUCCUCAGUUCAAGAACAGCCCCAACUUCCCCCAGCAAGAUCUCAUCAAGCAGGAGAUGAUGUUCCAAGGGAACGAAUACGACGCCAUGAAACGUAAAGGACCCAACAUGUACAAGCAGCAGUAUUCCCCCUAUAGCAGCCCAAACCACGGCAGUCCUGGUUACCUGCCGCGUACCAACAGCAGCACCAGCGCUGGUUCUACCUCCGGAGGACCUUUCGGCGGUGGCACUCCUCCAAGACCACCAAGUGGUCAUGGAGGAGGUGGUGGUCAAGGUACCACGCUUCAGAUCAACCAGGCCCAACAGAUGCACAUAAAUCAGCAGGGUCAUGGCCACAAUAUCCAGGUUUCCGCUGGCCAGCAUCUACAACUCUCUGGUGACAUCAAGGGAAAUGUCUCCAUUGCCACACAUCAAGGCUUGCAUUUCAACCAGCAACAUCAAUCGCAAAACAACUCCUCCCAGCAGCAGCAGCAACAACAACAACAGCAGCAGCAACAGCAGCAGCAGCAAAAUGCCCAACAGAACCAGAUGCCCUCCCAGGCGCAGUCUCAGAUGGGCGGAAACAACCCCCAAAAUGUCCACGGCAAUGUAAAUAUGAACAGCCAGACGGGCAUGAACAAUCCCAUGAUGUCAAACGCUCAACAGCAACAGAUCCCCACUUCCCAACAUAUGGGGUCCCAGCAGGGAGGCAUGGGGAACCCAAUGCAAGGGAUGCAAAACAUGGGAGGCGUCGGGAUGCAAGGUCCAGGACCAGGUGGGUACUUAGUGAGGGAAAUGAAAUCAGGUGUUCCCAGAAAGUUUGUAGGGAAUAUGCAGCCUGGCAUGCAGAACCCUGGAGGAAUGUCUUCUGGAGGUAUGCAGAGUGGCAUGGGCGCCAUGGGCGGUAAUUCCAUGAUGGGCGGAUCACAACUACACCCAUCGAUGGGUGGCAUGAACGAAACUUACUCCAUGACUCAAAAUCAAACCAUCAAUUUCACACAGCAGAGUUUGAGACAAAGAGCAAACGGCGUAACAGCUAUGGGAUCGAACAUGGGCCCGAACCCCGGAAUGAACCCCAUGAAUGCCCAGAUGGGCGGCAGAAUGAUGAGCCAGCAACAACAGAUGGCGAUGGAACAACAGCAGAAGCUGUUGCAGCAGCAGCAGAUGUUCCGGAAUCAGCAACAACAGCAAGCUGCCGCAGCAGCCAUGCAACAGCAACAGAUAGCCAGACCCCCACCUCCUGAUUACAAAACCAGUGCUGGAAUGAUGCAGCCCAGAUACGGUGCAGGAAUGAGGAGAAUGCCGCAUCAGCCCAUUCCUCCAUCAGGACCCAUGAUGAGGCCACACAACGUUUACAUGCUGCAACAGCAGCAACAACAACAGCAGCAACAGCAACAUAUGGCUUCUAGAAACAUAUACCCAAGGCAGCAGAACCCCAUGGCCAGUCCUCUGGACAAUAUGCAACAGAAACCCGAAUGGAGGCAUCUGCUCUUGCAACAGCAACAGAGCCAAAGCUUCAGUAAUCAGAUUAGGCCGAGUUUCCAACACGGUUUUGGAAUGAACCCAGGUAAUAACAUGCAGCAGAUGACCUCGCUUCAACAACAGCAGAUGCGAAUGCAGCUCGGAAUGGGCUCAGGAGGUAUGGGUCCGGGCGGCCAGCAAUCCAUGGGUUCUGUGAUGAACCAAGGACCAGGAGCUGGAGGUCCAAUUGGUCAGAUGGCCAGUAUGAAUCAGCAGCAGAUGCAGCUAAUGCAGCAGCAGAACAUGAUGCAGCAACAGCAAAACACACAGAUGUCCAUGACAAAUAUCCACAUGCAACAGAGUCAAUCCAUUUCUUUGAACCAGGCGUUGCAACAGCAGCACCAACAACAGCAGAAUAAUAUGAAUCAACUUGUAAAUAAUCCUUCGGCUAACAACAAUCCAUUGAGCAACUUCAAUCCAGGUGCUUCAGACUUCAAUUUAGAGUUUCUGGACAACCUACCAACAUCAGACUCUGCCCCUUUCACGGAUCAAGAACUGCUAAAUUCGUUCGACGCCGAUUCGGGGUUCAACUUAGAUUUUUAAAGUAAUUUUUUUAUAUACUUCUGUUGAUAAUUUUUAUAAAAGAAUAUUAUAUAUUUUUGUAAAUAUUUAUACGUUCAUAGUUUAACGUGGCUUCUGUUAAUGAUUUCGAGAAGAAUAUAUUUUUAAUAAUUCAGUACCAAACGGACAGUGUUGAAUUCAAUGGAAUGAGAUAUUUUAGAAUUUAAAUGACGACCAGGCAGGUGCUGUUUGUAAAUUACGAAUAAUGGCUUCCCUCCCGAAAUUAUAUUGAUUGUGAAUGGAAUAACUGAUAGCAAUAUUCUGAAAAACUAAGGAAUAUUUGUAUAAAUUUCACGUUAUACUAAUUGUUAUCUCUACCAAUCAUCGAGUAUUUGGUUAUUCGGCUUACCUGAAUCAGAAUAACAAUGGUAUGACAAAUAAAUGGAUUCUUAAUUUCUUUAAUGGUUCAUUUAAUUUUACAGGCACAUAGCAAUAUUUUACAGUUUCUCAUGUUAAUCUUCUUUGUUUCCAAUACACCGAUUUUUGUAAAUGAAUUUAUUAUGUAAAAUUUUAUAAUCGACAAGCUUGAAUGAUUAUGAAAUUAUACUGAUUCACUUCCUGAACUGUUCGAAACAUUCCAGAAUUAUUUUUGUACUGCUUUAUGGUUUUAUCCGUUGUUUAAAAAUUCCCCCAUUCUUUUACCAAUUGUGAAGUGUGAUGCAAGAUCUUAUUAAUGGUUCUUUAUCAGUUCCGCGAAUUGAACACUGCCCAUGAAAAAUAUAUCGAAAUAUUGUACGGUUGUGUUUCCAUGCAUUUAUAUGUUAUAUAUUCGAAUUUGGUUACAUUAUAUAGCGAUUAUUUUUCUGUUCCAUUCCUGUUGAGAUCGUUUGUCCAUUAAUGAUUAUCAUAUUGAGUAUUAUAACUUCUAGGUAAUACAAAUCUCGAGCGAACAUAAAGUACACGAAAUUUUCGAACAUAUUCUAAAGAAAAGAUGGAACUGUAUCAGAAAAAGCAUUUAUAUAAUAGUGAAAUUAAAUUAAAAUAACAAAUGUUAUAAA